AUGGUCUACACUCUGGUGUACUAUGUGGAUGGCGGAUGCCGCGGAAAUGGCCAACCCUGGGCCUUUGGAGCAGCUGCUGCAGUGAGACAAUACAGGUACGGCGGUACCCGGACCUGGACGAAGCGGCUUCCAAGCGGUGGCCAUUGCAAGCACGAUCCCACAAGCCAGCGAGCAGAAAUCACCGCUAUCAUCCUGGCCCUCAAACUAGCAUUGGAAAAGUACGACUCGCUCGAAGGCUUACCCAAACUGAGACUCAAAAUCUUCUCGGAUUCCAGAUAUGCGGUCAACUGUWUGACAGACUGGAUCUACUUGUGGCCGGGUAGGGACUGGAGAAAUUCGGUUGGGAAUCCAGUGGCGAAUAAGGGGCUCAUCCAGAGAGCUUCUAGAUUGGAUGAUCGGGUUCGGGAACUUGGGACUGUGGACUAUGUAUGGGUUCCUCGAAGUCCGAACAAGAUCGCGGAUGAAGCUUGUAAUAGGGAAUUGGAUAAGAUGUGCGAUGAAUCCUCGGACAGCGACUACUGA